AUGUCGACUGACCAGGUCCCUCCUCAAACUACCCGGUCGCCGUCUUCAGACUAUGCUGCAUCAUCUUACAACUACGCAUCCCCCGACGCUCCAAUGCACUCCACAACGGUUACCCCGUUACAUCGAUGGGCACUCAACGCCUCGGAUUCCCAGUUCAACGCUGUCGCCGGUGCUAUAGGUGGUUUCACGUCAGGCGUAGUGACAUGCCCCCUCGACGUCAUCAAGACCAAGCUCCAGGCACAAGGUGGCUAUGUUGCGCUUAACAAGGGACGACAUGUCGGCCAUCCGAAGUUAUACAACGGUCUCAUUGGCUCAGGAAAAGUCAUAUUGCGGGAGGAAGGUAUCCGGGGUCUCUAUCGUGGUCUGGGACCUAUUGUAAUGGGAUACCUGCCUACAUGGGCUGUGUGGUUUACUGUUUACAACAAAAGCAAGGUGUACAUAUCACAACAUUAUGACAACAGUCAUCUAGUCAACUUUUGGUCGUCAAUCAUAGCGGGCGCUAGCAGUACAAUCGUCACCAACCCAAUAUGGGUCAUCAAGACUCGGCUCAUGUCACAGAGCAAUAUUCGCAAUAGCCAGGACCACCAUUCCUCAUACUACCCGAAAGCGACAACCACACCAACAGCGCGGCCGACUCUACACGACUGGCACUACCGAUCAACACUCGAUGCAGCUCGCAAGAUGUACACUUCGGAGGGCCUCGUCUCCUUUUACUCCGGCCUAACACCUGCCCUCCUUGGCUUGACGCAUGUCGCUGUCCAGUUCCCAACUUACGAAUACCUCAAAACCAGGUUUACAGGCCAAGGAAUGGGCGAAUCUAACGAGGGGGAUGACGAUUCUCAUGUUUUUGGAAUAUUGGGGGCCUCGAUUCUAUCCAAGAUUCUCGCCAGUACCGCCACAUAUCCUCACGAAGUCAUUCGCACCCGUCUACAGACACAACGGCGCCCAAUCGCUGGGGAGGAAUUCAAUCAAGGCAUGGGUGUGACAAGUUCGGGUUCGGGGAGCACUCGUGCUCCAGUCGAGAAGCCCAGGUACCAGGGUGUCGUGCACACCUUUAGGACGAUAUUAGCUGAGGAGGGAUGGCGGGCAUUUUACGCUGGGCUUGGUACUAACAUGAUGCGAGCUGUCCCAGCAGCCACAGUCACCAUGCUAACGUACGAAUAUAUUAUGAGGCACCUCUAUCAUGCCAAGGCUGAGGCGCGGCAUCUUUUAUUGGAUCCGACAGCAGAGCCAUAA